GUCUCGAUUUACGAUUAUCGAUUGCUUGGGAAAUCAGUGAAAUGACAAAUUAAGAAGUUUAUUCCUUCGUGAAUAUUCGGCGCAAUGCCGUUCUUGAAACCACAGAGAGCCACGUGGUGCGAACGGCGAAUAGAAGCUUGCAAACGAAACGGCUGGCGACACGCUAUAUAUUUGCCCGAGACGAAACGUAUUACUAAAGCGCAUUAUAAGGGUGAAUGGAGAAAUGAUAAAAGGGAGGGCAAAGGUAUAGGAGUCAACAGUCACGGUUGGAUAUACGAAGGCGACUGGUAUAACGACCAGAGACACGGUUACGGCGUCCUCAGUAAAAUUACACAAGACGGCGACGUGCGCAAGGUGUACGCCGGCAACUGGGCGAAGGGAAGGAAGCACGGAUUCGGAAGUAAUUGGUACAAGGACGGCAGCUACUACGAAGGCGCAUUUCGAGAGAACAAGCGGGAUGGUUGCGGCCGGGUUUGGUACAAGUGCGGCAGCGGAUAUUACCAGGGCACGUGGCUGAACGAUCGUUAUCAUGGAGAAGGGAUACUCAUUCAAGAAAACGGUAAUCUUUACGAGGGUCACUUUACAAAUGGCAAGAAGGAAGGUCGAGGUGUUUUCUAUCAUUUAGAGAGACGUCAAGUACAGGAAGGUCUUUGGGAGAAUGACGUCUGCGUGAACAGCACGAUAGAAGACAUCCGACAGCCAGCUUUAUAUCCGAUGUUGCACAUUCCGAAGAUAAACAGUCGAGUAGCGAUAUACUUAUAAGUGCAUUGCGUAACGUUUCGUUUACGUCUCUUCUCAGAUCAAUUUGAACAUAAUGUUUCACGUUUCACUGGCCUUUCUCGAGUUCGCGGUAAACUACGCGCGAAAAUAUAAUGCGUGCAUGUUUUAUACGUACGAUUUUUUUAUUUUGAUAGAGAGAAUUAAUAAAGAGAUUUUCAUUUUUUAAUUUUUAUUUUAGCAAUCAGCGCAUUUCACGCGCCAAAAUGAUAUAUACAAAUAAUUGGACAUAUACAUGAUGUCCCACUCAACGUAUCUCUUUCAUCUUUGCAGGGUAAGCACAAAUCCCCCUCCAGACCAUACUUUUAUCUGAAUAUUUUUGGAUUCAAUCUUAUCCUACAAAGAUGGUGGCACGUAUGGCUUCAGGCCCAGGAUGGUCGAAUUGCGAUUUGAAGAUACGGAUUCAAUUCCACACGUACUUUAUAAACGCGGUUUUCUGGAUAUCACCGUUCUAUCUAGUUGCUAAUUAAGGGGCAAUAUUGCCGUAUCUGAUGUGAAUAACCUGCUUAAGCAGGAAUAAUUAACAACCUGAAAAAGGCUUAAGGCCGUAGCGUUCUGACGAGCUUCAUCUCGAAGCUUUACUACUUUAAGCUAAUUCGAGACAAAAUUUGUGAUACAUACUAAGUGUGUCCCUGAGAAGGAUUAACACUAUUAUCAUCGCAUGAUAUUGUGGCCCUAUAUAGUGAGCUGGAAAGUCAAAAUAGGGGAACUCAAAGAAGAACCCUCCAAAGAUAAAGAGUGAUCAUCGUUAGAUAGAAUACCUUGUAUAUAUGUUCGUACAGCACAGAAGCUUUCAGCAAUAUUGCUGGGACGUUUGCAAUGUUACUACAAUAUUACUUGAACGUAUACAACGUUGUUACAAUGUUGCUGGAAUGAUCUGUGCUGUAUGAACGUUUUCGACUUUCAUUCAUCGUCGAAAUGUAAUAUCUCGAGUGAUAUCGUGUACCCACAUCCGAGUCGCCGUUUUUUGAUAUUUCGUUCCUUAUUUUUACGGCAGUCAAAAUACUUGAAUACAAUGUACUUACUUGAGAGUAAUGUACUUGACGCGCUAAAAAAAUGAUAAGCAAAACAGCUAUCUAUUUAAGAAAAAAUAUCGACUUUCGUUUGUCGGAGAUGGCAGAAAUAAUGUGUGUCAGAUAUAAUGUUAUACCUGCCUAGUAUAACGUCACAACACUUAAUAAAUAUAAAA